CCUCCACGAUAAAGGAUGUUUACAGUAUUGUUUGACAACAUAUGCAGAUUUUAGGGUGUGCGUGUAUUGCGCUCUCAUUAUCAUCUGAAAUUAUCGCAAUCAAGAAAAUAAGGUGUCAUCCUCUACUUGUCAUAUAUGACCAAUUUUCUCCUGGUUCAGUAUCGACUUAUUCAAUAGAAAUGCAAACUGAAUCGUGGAUUCAUGGGUUUUUGUUUAGAACUAUAAAGAAGCGUCCAGGUUUCAGAAGCAGGGCAAAGUGUGAAUGUAUUUAACUGUAGACUGUGUAAAUGUACUCAACAUCAAUUGAACAGCACUAUUCGCCGUGGAGGCCUCCAGGAUGCUGUUGUUUCAACAGGGCCUCUGGAAAGCCUGUGCGUAUCCACAGCGGUAAUGGGAUAUGCUUAUCUACAAAGAAAGCAGUUUUCAUCCGUGGUUCUCACAAAGUCAAACUAAUGUAUGGCCGUAAUCUACAUUCAAGCUGCGGUUAUCGUAUCGUUGAUGGCCAAAGCUAUGGGUUGCAGGGCCUGUUGGCCCUGGAGCGCCUUCAUCUGGCGGACUCAACAAGGCCAGUACAAAUCAAACUGGGGGCUAAGGUGGAAACAUUGCUCCCGGAGACGUCAGCGGGGUCGCGACACCAACUGCAUCCACAGUAAUUCCACCUCGAUCACCGUUUAUGUUUCUAUUCGCGCUGUUGCUACCACCGCUUCUACCGAUCAUUCCGGAUGGACUCAACCUCGGCACGCUAUCAGAAGGCGAAUUUAGUCCGAUGAAGGGCAAUGAUUAGCUUGCCAUUGAAGCUCGAAUUCAGCGUCUUAGAAAUAUUCAAAUUUUAGUCUAUGCUGCUGUUACGAUGAUGGUACAAUACAAUAAUGGAACCACUGUUGCAUCAGCAAAUUCGCAACCUGCAGCAGCACAAGAGGCAUCGACCUGAUACGUAACCGGCUAGCACUAGAAAUCCAAGUGCUGCACCGAACUGCAGCAGCAACAACAGCAGCGGGCACAGGCAGGCUCUCCGGCGGGGUCCACUAAUGCUAUGCAGUCAACAAAGUCUUCAACGUCGACCAAUAACACGUGCUUAUCUAAGAUGGAAACGUGUCAGACCGAAGGAUGUGGAGAGCCAGCUAAGCUCCAGUGUCCCACCUGUCUGAAACUCGGCAUUAAAGGCUCAUAUUUUUGCAACCAAGUUUGCUUCAAAGGAUCGUGGAAUACGCACAAGGCUAUUCACAAAACAGCAAAGUCGGAAAACGAUAGUAAUGCGAACAGUGAGAAGCCGUAUAAUCCUUGGCCGCACUACCAUUUCUCCGGGAAACUUCGACCUGGACGAAUCAGCACGAAGCGUACUGUGCCAGCUCAUAUAAAGCGACCAGACUACGCUGACCAUCCAGAGGGCAUUCCCGUCUCUGAACAGGCCAUGAAGGGUGCGGAAAUUAAAGUGCUCAAUGAGGCUGAACAGGAGGCGGUUCGCAAAGCGUCAUUGUUAGCACGUGAGUGUCUAGACGUUGCGUUGGCUGCAGCAAAGCCCGGUGUUACCACCGACGAGCUGGAUAGACUCGUUCAUGAAGCGGCCAUUGCAAGGAACUGUUAUCCGUCACCCCUAAACUACUACAAAUUUCCAAAGAGUUGUUGUACAUCCGUAAACGAGGUAAUCUGCCACGGCAUUCCUGACGAUCGGCCGUUGAAGGACGGGGACAUUUUGAACGUGGACGUUACUGUAUAUCACAAUGGAUACCACGGAGACCUCAACGAGACCAUUUUUAUCGGAAAGGUCGACGAGGCUGCGAAGAAGCUUGUUCGUGUAACUUACGAAUCUCUACAGAAGGCGAUCGAGUGCUGCAGGCCUGGCGUACUAUAUCGCGAAAUCGGGAAAAUUAUUCAGAAGCACGUCCAACAAAAUGGAGGGUUUUCCGUUGUUAAAUCAUAUUGUGGACACGGAAUUCAUUCACUAUUCCACACAGCGCCUAGCGUUCCGCAUUACGCUAAAAACAAGGCUGUUGGUGUAAUGAAGGCUGGGCAUUGCUUCACUAUUGAACCGAUGAUCUCGGAAGGCGUUUGGCAAGAUGAGGUGUGGCCCGAUAAUUGGACUGCAGUAACUACCGAUGGCAAGCGAUCAGCUCAGUUCGAGCAAACACUCCUUGUUACUGAUACGGGCGUCGACAUUCUGACAAGACGGAGAAAGAAGAAUGGCCAGCCGUGGUUCAUGGACCAACUUCAGGCUGAACAGGCGAAAGGCAGCGAUGGAGAUAACAGCUGCCAAUAGUAACAGUAGUUAGUAGGAAUCGCAGCUGUGUCAAAUCGAAUAGACCUAGAGUUCAAACCGCAGGCUAGAUGCACCAUUAUAGGAUCGCUGCCCAUAAUUAUUUUUCAAUUUAAAGCUCGUAGUAACAACGGCAGUUAUCGCAAUGAUGAUAUUAUUAGAACGUUUGCCAUCUAAUUAACGAGAUGAAAAGCCAGCAAACAAAGCGACAAAAAGGCUUCUGUUGGCAAGGGUUGUAUUCUAUGGUGCAUCCACCGGUGAUUUUGAUGGGAGAUGAUGAUUUCCCUACAGAAUGCUUCAUACAUCUUAACCGGGAGUUAGGAACAAAAGCGGUUAGAGUACUACAUAGUAUACAGUCAUAUCAUAGCAGCAAAAAUGUGACAUGUUAUGCCGGCUUAUUUUUUUGUUGUUGUUAUUAACGAUUGUUGUUGUGAACGCUGUGUGAGAUAACGAUGAUAAUGAGUGGCUAUAUUUGAAGAUGCGCGCGAUGUCGCAAGCUUAUUAAGGAAAACAAAGAAAACACAUUUUCGUUGAAUAUGUGGAUAGAGUGAAUAUUUUUGGCGGGAAAAUCAGAGACAGAUAUUAUAUUCAGAAUUGUCAAAACAGUUGGUCGUCACCACUGAUAAAAUCGCCGUAGAUAUCUUGCAUAUUGAAUUAUAUUUAGUGACUGGAGAAAGCGCUACUUGAUGGAUAUGGUUAGUUGGGAGUAGUCAUCAUUUGAAAGGGAGGGUAUGAUGAUUUCUACGCAUGGAUUAUGGACAACUGAUACUAGCUAGAGACUAUAUGGCAAUAUUAAAACAAAGGAAUAAUUAAGUAUAAUAAAACAAAAUUAACGUGCAUAAAGUAUCUGCCGCUUGAUGUGGUAAUCAUGGUUGUGUAUGUUUGCAUGUUAAAUGGGUCGUGUGCUGUUUGGUUAGGUUUAAAGGUAUAUAGUAGUAUAAAAGUGUAAAUGAUUUUUUGAUCCCUUCAAACCUUGUGAAUCGAAUCUUCCUCAUAAAAAGUGACACUUUUCAGCGCCGAUACGUUGCGAAAGGCAAUAAUGCCUAUGAGACGUCGAGGAACACUUUAAUAUUAUACAAGUCGGGUUUGUAAUGAUAAAAUUAAAAUAAACCCGAUACCUGCUUUGGAAGCGGUGAUACUUUA